UGAGAUCGCUGCAGCAGUCUGUGCUCUGUCUCUCUCCACCUCUGCUUUCUUUUGCGGCUUCUCGUGUGACAUCUCUCUCCCGCGAACGACGGGUCCGCUCGUAUUCGCUCUGUGGGUGCUGUGAAAGAAAUCUUUCGCAGAGUGUGACUUUCCUCCAUGUGAUUUCUUGGAUUGUUUUUUCGCUUCGCCGCUCUCGUCUGCAGUUCCUCUGGACAUUCCUCUUUUCAGCUCUCCACUGAGGGCCACCGGCCUUUCUCUCUUUCUCGUCCUCUCUCUUCGCUCUCUCUUCCUCUCUCUGUCCCCCUCUGUCGCUGCGCUGCUGCCGACAGGCGUCCUGGUACGGUUUCUCGUCUUCGCUGUUCCUUUCGCAUUCCCCGUGUAUCUCUUUUUUCCUUGUCUCGUCUCCAUGUUGCUGGCCACUGCGAGCGCCGUGCUGCGGCAGGAGGGUCCCGUGGGCUCCGCGACAGAGAGCGAGGAGAGCCUCGGGAGAGCUCUUCGUUCCUUCGGCUUUCCAGGCGUCCGAGAAGAAGAGAAAAAGGAUGUCGGCCUGGCGUCGGUCGCUGCCGCCUUCUUCUCCGCUGUCUCCUGUCUCACGGAACAGGGCCGGCCGAGCGAGGCACAGCAUGUCGCGGAGACGGAUGACACAGCUCGAGAAAGCGAGAAGAAUGAGCAGAAAGGUGGACAGAAAGAGAAGGAAAAAGGCGUGGAGGCAGGAGAGAACGGAGAGCGCGUUGGAGAGGGGGAAGGCGGAGGCAAAGAGAGAGAAGGACGCGAGAGGCAAGAUUCAAGAAACGUCUUCGAGGACAGUGAGACCCACCCUGCUCCACAAGAAGGCUCGGUUUCGGCGACACAGCGCCCGAGAUCGCGAAAGAGUCUGGAGUCGAAGCGAGAAGCUUUCGCCUUCUCCGAAGAGCGAGCGAUGGACAAAGGUGACUGCAGAACUGCCACUCGAGAGGACGAGAAGAACGAGAGAGAAGAGAAGAACGAGAGAGAAGAGAAGAACGAGAGAGAAGAGAAGAACGAGAGAGAAGAGAAGAACGAGAGAGAAGAGAAGAAAGAGAGAGAAGAGAAGAAAGAGAGGAGAGUUGCGGCAGAGAGAGACUUUAAGGGAGAGAGGGGAGCGAAGGGAGGACAUGUUGGAGAAGAGACAGAGGAGCCUGCGGAGGUUCAUGGAGAGUGUCAGGUCUCUUCUUUUCCACUGUGUAAAGACACAGUUGUCGUGGACGACGUCACAGGGCGUUUGCAUGAGCCGGCGAUGAAGAAGCUCCUGGAAGACAGCGAUGCUUUGUCUCUGCGGGUGUUUGACCAAAAAUGCUUGGAAGUGACGUCGAAGAAGAAGAAAUGGCGUCUUCGCAUUUUGACGGACUCUCGGGUGGCUGCGUCGCGCCGCUGUCUCGGCUUCAUUGUUUACCGGGUCGACGUCGGUCUCCAGGCGCUGCAGGUGGGCAAGGUCGCGGUUCUCGAAGAGUGCAGAGGUCGCGGCUACGGAAGGAAACUCGUCAAGGGGAUCAUUCAGGUCGCGAAGAGCAACCGCAGCUUGACCUCGAUCAAUCUCUCUGCCUACACUUCAGCGGUCGGCUUUUAUACGGUGCUCGGCUUCAAGCGGCACGACGACAUUCCUCUGGCGGAAGACGGGGAGCUGUCGGCGCCUCAGGUGUACAUGGAGAUGCAGCUGCGCAAGCGUGCAUGCGUCGCUGGGCAGAGCAGGAAGAGGAAAUGAAGAUUUUUGAAGGCGACGGUUCGUCGCGAAUUCGAAACGUUGUGCGUGUCAUUGAUUCGUGAGUGCAUACGCAGAAAGUCAUUCUUCAUUUCGACAGGUGGCGAGAAAACAAACAACGUGUGCAGCAGAUGUGAACAGCCUCUGCGAGCAGCAAGGCACAUGCGCAUGCAUGCGUAGGUCCGCCAACGUCUCUGGUUGUAGCCGGGACGGAGUG